AAGUUAAAAAUGUCUCUUGUUGUUCAACAGCAAGGUACGUUUCAGCACAUUCUUCGUCUUUUAAAUACAAAUGUUGAUGGACGAGUAAAAAUUAUGUUUGCCUUGACGCAAAUUAAAGGAGUGGGACGCCGUUAUGCAAAUCUUGUUUGUAAGAAGGCGGAUAUUGAUUUGAGUAAAAGAGCAGGUGAACUUACAGUAGAAGAGCUUGAAAGGAUUGUUACUAUUAUUCAAAACCCUUUGGCAUAUAAAAUUCCUCCUUGGUUUCUUAAUUCUCAACGUGCUAUUACAGAUGGAAAGAAUUCUCAAGUACUUGCAAAUCAAUUAGAUAAUAAGCUUCGUGAAGAUUUAGAGAGAUUGAAGAAAAUUAAAGUUCAUAGGGGUUUGAGACAUUUUUGGGGAUUAAGAGUGAGAGGACAGCAUACUAAAACAACUGGUAGAAGAGGAAAAACUGUUGGUGUCAGUAGAAAAUAGUUUUUUUGAUAAAAAAGUAUAUAUUAUUUUCA